AUGGAUUCAAGAUCUUUGAGGAGGGUAGAGGUGGAGAGAGAGGAUAAGAUAUGCCUGAUAGGGAUAAACAGACCUGACGUUAGGAAUGCAGUCGACCCAGAGACAGCCAAACAGCUACAAGUGGCAUUCUGUCGAUUUGAGGAGGACCCUGAACUGAGUGUCGCUGUCUUAUACGGGAAAGGUGGAAAUUUCUGUGCAGGAUGGGACUUGAAAAAUUUAGCCAAGCAAGACCCAGAAACGGUUCCCGACUACCUACAGCCAGGUCCUAUGGGCCCUACUUCCAUGCAGUUCAGUAAGCCUGUGAUUGGAGCCGUGAGCGGCUAUGCAGUUGCUGGAGGGAUGGAGUUAGCUCUCAUAUGUGAUCUGAGAGUAGCGGAGAAGAGUUCAAUCAUGGGCGUCUUCAAUAGAAGAUUCGGCGUUCCCCUUAUUGAUGGCUGUACAGUCAGACUACCAAAGAUAAUUGGUCUAUCAAGAGCCCUGGACCUGAUCUUGACUGGCAGACCGGUAGAUGCUGAUGAGGCUCUCAGUAUGGGACUAGUCAACAGAGUAGUACCAGAUGGACAAGCUUUAACUGAAGCCAAGAAACUUGCCAAGCUCUUGACUGCUUUCCCAGACCAAAGAGCCAUGCUAGGAGACAGACACGCUACACUACGCAAUACUUAUGAUAGUCAAGGUUUCGAAGAGGCCUUCAAAUAUGAGUUUGAAAGAGGUAUCGGUGUCCUCGCUAAGGAAUCGGUAAAAGGAGCUGGACGAUUUGCCGAUGGACAGGGUAGGAAGGGCUCCUAUGAUGACUUCAAGAGCAAAUUAUGAAUUCCAAGUCUCCACUCUUGCAUAAUUCUUGUAAGUUUUAACAAUCUUCACAUUUUAACCUUUUGAUAAUAGCGGGAUAAUUGCCUGUAAUAAUUCUCAUUUACCCAGCGUAGCCACUUUAACUCUUAUGAACUGUUCACCUCAGCAGGCUCCGUAUAACAUAAUAUUAUUAUUCCUGUCAUGCAGCUGUAAGAUCACUAGUCCUAUCACGUUUAGAUUAUUGUAACUCACUUCUCGAUGGCAUAUCUCUUAAAGACCUUAGCUCUCUUUAACUCCUUCAAAAUAAAGCAGCAAAGCUUAUACACUGUAAAUCAAAGUAUGACCAUGUCUCUCCUCUUAUAAAUGAUCUCCAUUGGCUCCAUGUUAAUGAUCGUAUCAAACAUAUGACCUUAACUCUAACUUAUAAAUGUGUUAACAAUCAAGCCCCAACUUACUUAGCUGAUCUUCUCUUUGCACAGACAUCCAAAUACAACACACGCUCGGCGACUAGUAAUACUCUUGUGCCUCGUACUGCUAAACCAAUAGGUGAUAGGGCCUUUUCUACCAUUGUCCCCAAAAUAUGGAACUCCUUGCCGCCUUCACUUAAGACUUCCCCAACACUUUCCUCAUUUAAGAAAUGUCUCAAAACUUACCUAUUCUAAUUUUCUGUACGGUUUCCAUAUUAUGUUCAUAAUUUUGUAGUUAUUAUUCUUAUGUUUUAUACUCCCUAUUUGUGUUUCUGUUAUUCUUUCUUUCUUUGAUGCGCUUUGUAUCUGAUGAAAAGGCGCUAUAUAAAUGAAGUGUAUUAUUAUUAUCAUUAUUACCUUCUCCUUUCUGAAAUGUUAAUAGCCUUAAUAACACGAAGACAAAAGGUCCCAUUAAUAAGUCUUUGGUAUGACUCUGCCACAAAUAAGUAAGUUCCCCCUAAAUGAAAAAUAAAAGAUAGCGAAAGGUAUUUUAGCAAAGGAUGAUGUUAGAAGUAUUCCUACACUUGAUGAAAAUAAAAUUUACCCUUUACAUGUAAGUCAUGCAUGAGUCAUUCAUUAACAGCAAAAUUUAAGCAUUUUUGAAUUAUUUUCUCAAAUUUGUCUGGUGAGUGUUAAAGUGCUGGGCAGGGGCCACAAAACAAUUUUGACAGGGGGAGGGAGUUAACAUACACAAAAUUACAAUUCAAUGGUCAUUUUCACCUUUUUGUAUAGUUAUGAAAAAAUUAGGGGCUAAAGCCACUAAGUCCCCCCCCCCCCUUUCUGUGUUAGCUGCCCCUGCUUGGUAUUUAAACAUUACUAAACCCUAUCAGGAUACAUGUUUUACACAGAUAAAUAGACACAGUUUUGUGGGGGAGGGGGCUCCGAUAUUCUGCCUUAUUUUCAAUAGCUAAACUCCAUUUAGAUCUGUAAACAGAAAAGGAAUUCAUGAUCAACCCAGACACUAUGGCCUUUAUUCUGAAGUCAGGUUUAAUUUAGACCAUGGUCUAACUCUGUGCUAAAAUCAUGGGAAGCCAAAAGUGUCAAAAUUUUUUAUUAAGUUGUAUGUUUCUUAUGUUUACUGUGCUCUUUCUUGAUUCAUCGAUGGUGAAGACAAUCAUCCAUUUAUACUUCCUAGACAAUUAUGAAUGUUUUGAGAGCCAAAUGAGCUGAAAUAUGAUAUCUCUACUGUUAGUGAUUUAUGUAACAAUUGGCUAUCCAUACUUAAACCACAACUUUAAACCUGAGUUUAAGUUAAACCCGACUUCAGAAUACGGGCCAAAGAAGUAAUUUUGAAUUUGAUAUCAUGGUUGAGUUAGCAGUUAUUAAGACUGAAGAAAAAAAAUACAUUAGAGAGUGAUGCCCGAAUGUGCCCUGUAAAUUUUCAUAGGAUCCAAUUAAAAUUGUACAUUAUAACAACUUUAAGUUGGUGAUCUUAAAUUGUAACCAGCCCGGAAAAAAAAUAUUUAUUAAACUUUGUCCAGCUUUGAAAUUGACAGGUAAUGCUGAAUUAAUGGUAUAAAAAUGUCUGCAGUGAACUUUUGAAAGAGACAAUUAUGCCUUUAAAUAUGUGCUUUUACACAUGCUUGACUUAAUGAAUCAAAUACAUUUUGCAUAAGGCCUGGUCACACCGCAAGAAAUUUGCCUGAGCAUUCCUGGAGCGGUGAUAAAAAGUCAUCACUGCUCGUUACCGUUUAACAGAAUUUGGCACCUGUUAAGGCAACGUCGUAUAUACUUGGCUAUCGCUGAUGGUCCCUCCGACCGCUCCAAAAGUUUUGAGCUGCACAAAAUAUUGCGAGCGUUGAGGAGCAGGCAAUUUUCCACUCCGGCAAAGUUCACCACGGCUCCAACAACGCCCAUUCAAAGUUUGGCACCGCUAGAUGCAAGUUCAUGGACGCUUUGGUCCGCUAAGCCAACGCAGAAAUCUUGAACACUGGACCAACGCUGCUUCACCAGCUUUGCCCGAGCGGUGAUUAAACGUUGCACAAACUUUGGUGGAGCAGUAGUAAGCAUUUUACGAGCGGACACGGGAUUGCUGGAUCGGUGUGGAGGCGUUGAAGCAGCGAUCCAUUGCGGUGAUGAACUUUGGUUUGGCGUUGGUAUGGAGGUGUCGGAGCGGGGCUAGCAUUUGACUAUAAAUACGGGGAGAAAUGGACCAGGAGCCCAUUUGGAAUCUGUUAGAACUUCUAUCAAAGCGAUCCGUUCAGCUCUGUAGUCAAAAGCGGUAUGCCGCUAAACCAACUUUAAACCCCGCCGAGCCAACGCCCACAUGCGCAGAACACCGCUCUAUCAACGCUCGCGUCACCGCUAAAUGCUAAACGCUUGCUACCACUAAACCAACGCUAAAGCUACGCCGGCUUCAGCGGUGCACCGCUAAGGCAACGCCCUUGUUUUCGAUUUUUUUUUUCCCAUUUUGUGCAAGGUGACGAGCGUUGUCGAAAUUCGGCUCCCUCUCCCUACCGUUCAAGGAACGCUCCACCAAAGUUUGGGUGGUGUGAGCAGGCCCUUAAAGAGGUAUGCACAUUUAUACCUUGUUAUUCUGCUCUCUCGUUCAAAUGCUAUAAUAAUAAGAGGCAUAUAUAGCGCCAUCUAUCUAGAAAUAUUCUAUUCCGAGGCGCACAAGAAAAGAAAGAAUGAGAUAGUUCGGAUGAGUGUCGAAGUGCCAAUAACUAAAUACUGUUAAAAAAGAUAAGACUUCAGUUUGGAUUUGAAGGUCUCCAGUGAUGAUAUAAUUCUUAAAUUCAACGGCAAAUUAUUUUACUAUAUAGGAAUUCACUUUUUGUGUUGUGUGUAUGCAAAGACAUGCAUGUAGAAUUGCAGAUAAUACAAAGAUCAAUGAAGGUAUUGAUCAAAAUUGACUACAGAGGGCGGUAUUUGUCUUUCAGCACUUCGAGCCAUUGAUUACAUUUCUUGUUGGAUACAGUAUGGUGGAUACUGCUGUGUCAAACUUAUAAAAACAAUGAUAGUAUAAUAAUUCCCUCAAAAUUAAUAUUGCAUUUUUUUAUUGAGCUUGAAUCAGCACUUCCUAAGCUUUAAAUUACAUAACUUGUCAAAAUCAAUUAAUAAUAACCCACACUUGUAGAAGAAAUUCAGUGAAAGGUUCAAUGAAUAAGGAGAAAACAAGAUUCUGGGUUCACUUAUUCAUGAUAUAUACCCUCUGUGCAAUCUCUAUGAAACUUCCAAGCUGUCCAGAAAAAAAAACACUUUUUAGAAAUCCUGUAUCUCAUCUUUUGAUUACUUACCACUUCAAAUUUUGGCAGUAUGAAGAAAAAGAGGUACUCUUUCAGAUAAGCUAAUUUUCUAAUUUGUACUUUUUGAAGACCAAAAUAUUCUUGCUAUUAUUGUUGGUUUUGGGUUGCUGGUCAUCUGGUAUAAGAUCAUAUGACAUGAGACCAAGCAGUGGUCCUAGUGUGUCUAUAGUAGAUCAAGUGAUAAGUCACUUCUUAUGCCUGCAUCAGUCAUGCAUGUAUGUGCAUUACUGAAAGGUUUCACAUUUCAGUUAGUUUCUGAUUAUAAUCCCACAAUAUCAAGAGUAUUCUAUUUGUUCGAGAUUUCCCUUAUUACUUUCCCUUGAUUCAAUAUUGUUUUUAUAAUUGAAAUUCACAUGUUCACUAAAUGUGUAUCAAUUAUUUUGUUUUAAUAUUGUUAUUAUUAUUUAUUAUUUUUAUCGUCAUCAUCAUCAUAUUAUUAGUAGUAUUAAUCAUUAUUGUUAUCAUUACACACUGCUAGACAUAUUUCAUAUGGGAACUCUCCCCCCCCCCC